AUGGUCUCCCCUACCCCUCCAUCUGCUGGAAUGGGUGCAGGGGGUCAAGAGGAGGAGGAGGAGGAGGAGGAGGAGGAGGAGGAGGAGGAGGUGGGGCACCCGAGAAAGAGGAAGAGACUGUGUAUAAAUACGAGCAGGGAAUUAAAGUGGUCAAUCAUUCCAACUUGGUCUGCAGUUCGGUUAACUUGGGCUGCUUCUUCUUCGACACCGGUUCAGAAUGUGACUACCUCUGUCUGGGCACUGCCCGACUUAGGGUAUGGAGCCCACGAAGCCAUCUGCUACCCCGAGACAAAAUACAUCACACAAUAUAAUACCAAGUUCCUUGAGAUCCCAAUCUACGAAACGGUCUACAAGCAAGAGUACGUGCCCACCACGGUCUACGAACCCGUCUACAAGACCCUCUACAAGACCAAGUACCUAACAGACUACGUGCCAGAGUACGUCAGCACGACGCUCUACAACACGCAGACGAAGUACGUGCCCGAGUACAAGACGCUCUACCAGACGGCGUACAACACCAAGUACGUCACGAAGAACGACGUCGUGCCCAAGUACGUGACGGAGACGGUCUACACGACACUCUACAAGACGGACGUGCAGUACCAGACCGUCUACAAGACGGAGUACGCCCCGCAGUACGUCACCGAGACCGAUUUGCAGUACAAGACGCAUUACGAGACCAAGGUCGUACCUCAGUAUUUCACGGAGUUGAAGACCGUUCAGACGUAUAAGACGUAUUGUCCUCAGUCGUACGGGGAUUACUAGUAAAUAGAUA